AAUACAAUCAAUCAUUGAUAAAGACCUUUUUUUUUUGUAUAUUCCGAAAGAAACCAGGCAAGUUGUUAUUGGAUCCCAUAUAUAAAUGCAAGUCAUUGACAAUGGUUUUCAUCCAUCAGUCUCCAAUAAUCUCUCUUCUAUCCCUUGUUUCUUUAGUACAGCAAAAAAGGGGUUAGAAAAUGGCUAUUGAGAUUGAGAAACCCAGUGUUGGACUAUCCAAGGUUGCAGUUUCUGAUACUCAUGGAGAAGACUCUCCAUAUUUUGCCGGCUGGAAAGCUUAUGAUGAAAACCCUUACAAUGAAUCAAGCAACCCAUCGGGAGUUAUACAGAUGGGACUGGCUGAAAAUCAAGUUUCAUUUGAUUUGUUGGAGAAAUACUUGGAAGAGCAUUCCGAAGCAUCAAGCUGGGGCAAAGGAGCCCCUGGUUUCAGAGAAAAUGCUUUGUUCCAAGACUACCAUGGAUUGAAAUCUUUCCGACAGGCUAUGGCGAAUUUCAUGGGGCAAAUUAGAGGAGGAAGAGCCAAAUUUGACCCUGAUAGAAUCGUUCUAACUGCUGGUGCAACCGCAGCUAAUGAGCUUUUAACAUUCAUUUUAGCAGAUCCUGGCGAUGCUUUGCUGGUUCCAACUCCAUACUAUCCAGGAUUCGAUAGAGAUCUGAGGUGGAGAACCGGUGUGAAAAUAGUUCCGAUCCAUUGCGAUAGCUCAAACAAUUUCCAAGUUACACCAGAAGCCAUGGAAACUGCAUAUCAAUGUGCAGAAUCCAUGAACUUGAAAGUUCGAGGAAUACUGAUAACAAACCCUUCGAACCCUUUAGGUGCAACUAUCCAAAGAUCCGUCCUUGAACAGAUUCUCGAUUUCGCCGUAAACAAAAACAUACACCUUGUCUCGGACGAAAUCUACUCUGGGUCGACAUUCUCAUCAUCCGAGUUCAUCAGCAUUGCUGAAAUCCUCGAAAAUCGUUCAUAUAGAGAUUCCGAGAGAGUCCACAUCGUCUACAGUCUUUCGAAAGAUCUCGGCCUUCCCGGUUUUCGAGUCGGAACAAUAUAUUCUUACAACGACAAGGUUGUCUGCACCGCCAGGAGGAUGUCGAGCUUCACUUUGAUUUCGUCUCAAACACAGCAUCUCUUGGCUUGCAUGUUGUCCAACAAGGAGUUCAGCGAGAACUACAUAAAGACGAAUCGAGAGAGGUUAACCAAGAGAUACGAUAUGAUCAUCAAAGGGUUGAAAAAUGCCGGGAUCGAGUGCUUAAAAGGCAAUGCUGGGUUGUUUUGCUGGAUGAAUCUGAGUCCAUUGUUGGAAGAACCAACCAGAGAAAGCGAGUUGGAGCUUUGGAAGACCAUCUUGAACGAAGUGAGACUAAACAUAUCGCCUGGAUCUUCGUGCCAUUGCUCUGGACCUGGGUGGUUCAGGGUCUGUUUUGCAAACAUAAGCGAGCAGACACUUGAAAUUGCACUUGAAAGAAUACAUAAAUUCAUGGAACAAAGAAGAAGAAACUAAAUUUGGUGAAAAUAUAUGUUCAUUAUUAUCCAUAAUGACCAGUUUUG